ACAACAUCCAUGAUUAAUUCUGACUACUCGCGGAAUAACAGUCAUAGAUAAAAGAGCUCUCAGAAGAAGAGCAAGCAGUGUCGUGACAGUAUUACUAUAUGCGAUCAUGGAUUAUACCAAGUUCUUCGCGAAAGUUACGAGCAGGAGGAGAUCGAAUUUCAUCAGAAAGAUAUUCGAAGUGCAAUCAUUGGUGAAGGAUCCCAUAAUCUUAGCCGGUGGUCUGCCAAACACGGCCACAUUUCCUAUCAAAGAUUUAUCUGUGACGUAUGAAGAUGGUAUCUCGUUGAAUCUUACCAAGUCAGAAUUGGACACAGCAUUGCAAUAUAUGCCUUCGCAGGGUUAUAAGCCAUUAUUGGAAAAGUGGCGCGAGUUCCAGAAAACAUGGCAUACACCGCAGCGAAAAGAUUGGGACGUCGCGUUCACCAGCGGUGCUAUGGACGCUUGCAGUAAAGUCUUCGAGAUGAUUAUCGACGAAGAUGAACCGAUUAUGCUACAAAUACCAACAUACGUUGGGAUAACUGGAGCGCUACGAUCGUUGCAACCGGACAUUAUAGAGAUCUCUCAAGAUGCCGAUGGAAUAAUUCCCGAGCAAAUCGUUAAAGAAUGCGAGCAGCGACGUAUGAAUAAUAAACAGAUGCCAAAAUUACUUUACGUUAAUCCAACGGGGGCGAAUCCGACAGGCACCAUUUUAUCGGAGAACCGGCGAAGGAAAAUAUACGAAUUGGCGCAGAAAUACAAUUUCCUGAUAGUCGAGGACGAUCCCUAUUGCUUCGUUCACUUCUUGAAUAAGCAGCCCACCUCGUUCUUUUCCCUCGACACUGACGGUCGCGUAAUCCGAUUGGACACGUUCAGCAAAUUUAUUAGCUCCGGUCUUCGUAUGGGUAUCGUGACCGCGCAUAAAAACAUCGUGGACAAGAUUGUCAUUCAUAUGGAAAAUUCUUCCCUGCACUCGCCGGCUAUAUCCCAAGUAUUAAUUUAUAAACUAUUCGAGAUUUGGGAACCGCACAGAUUCGAGGAACAUUUCAAGAACAUCCAAAGAUUCUACCGCGAACGACGUGAUGCGAUGCUGGCAUCGGCUAAGAAAUACCUCACUGGUCUGGCAGAAUGGAAUGUACCGCAAGGUGGAAUGUUUCUUUGGUUAAAAAUAACGGCAACGGAUAACACAAUGGAUUUAGUCACGAAUAAGUGCUUACUUAACGGUGUUUUUGUUCUUCCUGGAAACAUUUUCUAUUAUGAUACUGAAAAACUCACUAGUUAUUUAAGAUUAAGCUAUAGUUAUGCGUCCAGCGAAGAAAUGGACAAGGGACUAUCUAUAAUGGCCGAUAUAAUACGCGAAGAAAUAGCGAAGAAAGUGAAGUGAAGUGGGGUGAAACUUAACUCUUCGAAUACCAUGCCAUCACCACAGCGGCUUCUUUUUAAAAGAUUUUCUGGGACAACUGGCUAAUUGUAGUGGCCUUUCCUUAAGCGAUUUUCCGGGGCGAUACUUUUACAGCGAUUCUUACGAUUACAGCGAUUCUUUUCUUUAUCUCACGUUCAAAGCCGCUAGAUAUCUUGCCAAGAAAUGUCAGAGAAACAUGUAUUCAAUUACUUUAUCUGCACGUGUGGCAUUGAAAGAUUUGUAGAAGGCACAUAUAUUACACAUAUAAUCGCCGAAAAUUUACACUCGAGAAACACUACAAUCUCGCGAUGGUGCAUUGAUAACUUUAAAAAAAUUUUAUCACUCGCACAUUAGCUACUGCUUUAUAUUAUAUCAUAUUAACAUAGAUUCAACGAAUUGCAUAGUACAAAACAAUGAAAAGGUCGCGACACUCAUUCAUCGCGUUGCACGGCGAAGCAGCGCGUACAGCAAUAUAGCUUUUCGUACAGUUCUGUGGUAACCAGAGGAUUAAUUAUACAAGGCAAUUGUUAUUAUAUAUAUACAUACAUAUUAUAUGUGAGAGAA